GACCACCGGCACAACGUCUUCCUUCACCAAAGCCUUCAGGAUGGUCGAGGGGGUGUCAAGCGGACGGGUUCCCCCACUCGGGCAAUCUCCCCACCUCCACUCCGGCGGAAGGUCGAGUCGUCAGUCAACAAGAAAUCUGUUGCCAAUUUUUUCACCCCGGCAUCCCAGAAGAAGCCGGAGCCGAUCACUUGGCGGGUGCUAGGCACUAGCUUGAUCAUCGGCAAGUAUCUCCCGGUCAAAGGCACUCAGAAACUGCCGGAGAAGGAUCGGAGGGUUGCCGCGUUUGACCUGGAUUCAACUGUGAUUAAGACAAAGUCUGGAAAUACAUUCCCUAGAUCUGCUACAGACUGGCAAUGGUGGAAUCCAGUAGUCCCGAGCAAAAUUCGGGAGCUCAGCUCCGAAGGCUUUCAAAUUGUGAUCUUCUCAAACCAGAAAAAGAUCAGUGUUCAAAAAGAUAUCAAGCAUGGUAACAGCGACUCGAAAAGCCUUACUAUGUUUAAGGAGAAAAUUGCCGCCGUUAUGAAUGAAUUGGAAGUCCCAAUGAGCGUGUACGCGGCCACAACAGACCCAGAAUACCGCAAGCCUCGGCUGGGCAUGUUGCGUGAGUUUCAGGACGACUAUGAUCUCGACGUUAUUGGGGUCGACUUGAAGGGGUCGUUCUUUGUAGGCGACGCCGCUGGACGACCGGGAGAUCAUUCUGCUGUGGAUCGUGGUUUUGCGACGAAUGCCCGCAUGAACUUUAAAACCCCCGAGGAGUUCUUCCUCAACCAGCCAGCAGUGGAGGUCGCUGAUCUAUUUGAUCCGACGUCGUAUAUCAAAUCAGAGCCAGGCUCUCCUGUGGCCCCAGCUUUUGCCCGCAAACACCCCUUUGAGCUUGUAAUCUUCUGUGGCAGCCCCGGCUCUGGAAAGUCAACAUACUUCUGGAACCACUUAGAGCCACUAGGAUACCAACGGGUCAACCAAGAUAUCCUUAAAUCACGCCCAAAAUGCCUCAAGGUUGCCCGUGAACUCCUCGAAGCAAAGACUUCGGUCGUUGUUGACAACACGAAUGCAAAUCUCGAGACCCGCGCCUAUUGGACCGCUCUUGCAAAGGAGCUCCACGUGCCAAUUCGCUGCAUUCAUUUUCUCUCCCCGCCCGACCUCUGCAGGCACAAUAAUGCGGUUCGGGCCGCGAACAAGGACCUGAAUCCCGAGUCGCGCACGUCACUUCCGGGCAUUGCCUUCGGCGACUAUGCGCGCCGGUACCAGGAGCCCACUCUCGCAGAGGGCUUCGACGACAUAACCCCCGUCCCGUUUCAAUUCCAAGGCGAUGAGGAAGCGAAAAAGCUGUGGCGACAAUACUGGAUUUGA